GGUUUCAAAAUGGGGACCAAGAACAGUCACUUUGGCCCCUUUGACAAAGUUCAUGUGCUCCAGAAUUCGGGUCGGCUACAGGCGCACAGGCAUUAACGACUGGUGAUGUGGGUAUGGUGAUCAAGGAGCUGGGAUAUUAUGGGUAUAUGAGGUGUUGGUAUGCGGAGUUUGCUUUUAUCCUCUGCUUUUCCUUUUUUUUUUUAUUUUAUUUUAUUUUAUUUAUUUUGGUUUCGAUUCUUGCUCAUCUGCUCAUCUGCUCAAUUUCCAAUUUGUCUGUUAGCUCAUACUGCAUUCUGCCAUGGCGUUGUUGUUGUUGUUGUUGUUGUUGUUGUUGUUUUUUUUUUUUUUUUCUCUUGUCUUUUUCUUCUUCUCUUCUCUUCUCUUCUCUUCUCUUUCUCUCUUUUCCUUUCUUUGACAAUAUUUUCUUUUCUUUAAAUGAUCACCUUGCUCUGCGACAGAUCUCUCUCACCCUUUACGACUUCUUUUUCUAAAGCGUCAUGUCAUUUACACGCAUCAAAUAGACCCCUUAGAGCUCGAGCUUAUAGCACUACUAGUAUCAAUAUAAUCCACAAUCCACAUUCUCACAAUUUCACAAUUUCACAAUUCCACGAUUUCACGAUGUUGUCAACCAUCAACAGCGUAGAAUAACAAAAAACAUGCAUCAUGCUGGUCAUGCUCAUUCCCAACAUCGAGUAGCCACUCAGUCAAUGACGUUUCAGCUGAAAU